AGAUCAGCUGACGCAGUGUGCGUAUCCUGCUACGCCUGCGCACUGUCUAACAGCACCAUCAACAGACUGGGGACAAGCAGCCAGAGGAGAGGCACAAGCUGGCGUUUUGUUUACCUCCAAAAGAAGAUAACAUUUUCUCAACAUGUCGGGAUUUGACGAGAACCCAUUUGUAGAUGCAGUGGAUGUCAAUCCUUUCCAGGAUGCCUCAGUCACACGAAUCACCAGCGGUGGGAUUGAAACCGUUGAGGAAUUCAACCCAUUCUCAGCCAGUGCUAUGGGCACCCACACUGGGACCACCAUCCCUAUCUCUGCUGCCUCCUCCCAACCAGCUGUCCUACAGGCUUCUGCUGUGGAGCCCACCCCACAAGCUACUGCGGCUGCUGCCCAGGCUAACCUGCUCAGGCAACAGGAGGAGCUGGAGAAGAAAGCUGCUGAACUGGAUCGGAAAGAGCAGGAGCUCCAGAACAGGCCUGGAGGCCACAUUACAAAAGAAAACAACUGGCCGCCACUUCCCAAGUUUUCCCCCAUAAAGCCUUGUUUCUACCAGGACUUCAACGAAGACAUCCCUGAAGAGUACCAGAAGAUAUGCAAGAGGAUGUACUACCUUUGGAUGUUUCACAGUAUCACACUCUUCCUGAACCUUCUGGCCUGCCUGGCCUACUUCACGGCCGAUCCAAACGCGGGGGUGGACUUUGGUCUGUCCAUCCUCUGGUUCGUCCUCUUCACCCCCGUCUCUUUCAUCUGUUGGUACAGGCCAGUGUACAAAGCCUUCAGGUCGGACAGUUCCUUCAGCUUCUUCUUCUUCUUCUUUGUUUUCUUCUUCCAAGUGUCUGUCUACAUCAUCCAGUGUGUGGGGAUCCCCAAGUGGGGGAACAGUGGAUGGAUUUCGUCCAUCACCAUGAUAAGAAGCAACAUGGCUGUAGCUGUGGUCAUGAUGGUUGUGGCCGGUUGCUUCACUGUGAACGCUGUCCUCGCCAUCAUCCUACUCAAAAUGGUCCACUCCAACUAUCGUCGGACGGGGGCCAACUUCACCAAGGCCCAGCAGGAGUUCUCUUCGGGGGUCCUCACCAACCAGACCUUUCAGAGCGCUGCGGCCAGCGCCGCCUCCUCAGCCGCCCAGGGGGCCUUCCAAGGACGCUAGUGAUCCUAAAGCCACAGGGCCAGGUUCCUCCUAACCUUUCUAGGCACCUCUCACUCACUCCAAGCCCCGUUUUGUCCCAUGGCCUCAGUGUCUCUGCAGAGGCAACAGAAAUGGCUGACAGGACAGAAACUAGACUGGUAUACAGGAACAUUACAAUUUACUGCUGUAUCAUGGACAUUCUCUAACCACAGCCAUUGAUGCAUAAUCCCAAUUCAACCACUAGCCCCGUGUAUCCAAUGUGGUGGAAACUCUGCUAGCUAAUCAGAGGGUAUAAAUGGAGCUAUUACCAUGUUGAUUGGACUUAUCCAAGUGUCUGGGGGGUUGGUAUGGGAUUGUGGUGUCUUGCUGGUAUGGGGGUUUGGUUUGGGAUUGUGGUGUCUAGCUGGUAGGGGGCUAGGGUUGGUUUGGGAUUGGGGUGUCUAGCUGGUAGGGGACUAGGGAUUGGGGUGUCUAGCUGGUAGGGGGCUAGGGUUGGUUUGGGAUUGGGGUGUCUAGCUGGUAGGGGGCUAGGGAUUGUGGUGUCUAGCUGGUAGGGGGCUAGGGUUGGUUUGGGUUUGGGCACCAGAGUUUGGCAAAGUGUCCUCCAUGUUGGUACCAAACAUUCCAUGACAAUAAUGUAAAUUUUCUUUCUAAGUGGAAUGUGAUACGUUAAGAAAGCGAAUGCGUAAUCUGUAUUUCUCGUCUCCUGUAGGUUGUAAUGCUAUUACACUAUGCUCCUAGCAAAUAAGGAAUGCUCUCCCUAGAAUACUUUACGUUGUCAUUUUAAUCCUCACUAGAAUGAAAUAGUUUGGUACCAGCAUGGCGCUUAUCAUUAUGAAAACACAAUCUCAAAUGAAGUUGUAUUUUUAUUCAGUAUAUCAAUUGCGCUCUGUCCCAUAGCCUAGUCUUUACCUCGUUAUGUUCUCUUCUUCCUCACUGUCCUGCCCUAUCCAGACACUCAGGUCCUCUUCUCAGGACAUACUGUACCGUUAAGGCAGAGAUCUCCAACUCUAGUUGUGGAGAGUCACUGUUAGUGCAUUAUUCUGUCCUAACACUAACACACACGUUUCAAAUACUCAACUGAUCACAGUCUUCAGUCUCGACCUUGAUUUUUGUUCAAUCCGGUGUGUUGGUGCUAGGCUGGAACAAUGCCUGCGUACCCAGUGGCUGUCCAAGACUGAAGUUGGAGAUCCUUGUAUUACAAGGUUUUGGGUACAAAAACGUUACCGACGUGGGCAGCUGAGGUAAAAACACUGAAAUGUCUACUGAAGGAAUUACAUUUUAUUUUGUGAAGUUUACAUUGUUGUUGAGGUUUAUUUUUGCUCUGAUCAUAAUAUAUUGAAGGGAUGAAUGGUUUUAUUUCUUAGAUUUUUUUUGUGAUUUCAUAUUUUACUGUUCUUCAAUCCCUCAGUAGGGUUGGACUUGCUGAAGUAUGAUAAGGCAACUGCUGUGUUUUUGUAGAUACAAUAAUGAAGAUAUUGUGUGACGGUUUAACUAAAUGGGAAAUACUGUAUACGCAGAUGUUAGUGCACCACCCCCUGUAUCCUUCCUACUGUACUUUAAAGUAACUGUCCAGUGAAAAUCACACUUUUAAAAGUUCCUGUUCUGUUAACUCCUACCCAAAUAAUGGUGUUGACUCAUCCUAUACUCACAUUUUUGUCAAAACCAUAAAUUGGAGAGAAAAAAACACCUCAAACAGUUUAAAAAAUGCUUGCUAUUUCCUCAGAGGAGGAUGAGCUGGCCAAUCAGUGGUCUACUCGCAGUAAUAUUUUUAAUAACCGGUAUACACCAUUCCAACACAGAAUAGCUGUUUUUAUUUUAUUUUAUCGUACUUAAUUAUUUAUUUAUUUUAAUUGGAAGGAACUAUUUGUCAUAUUGUGCAUAAUUAUAGGUCAUAUUUCAUAGAAAUAUUAACACGGGACCGUUACUUUAAUGAACAUAGAACCACUUCUGUGCUGUCACCACUACAUUUUGGAGUUGGUGGCUUUGGUAUUAUGACGUCAGGACAGGUGGGAUCUUUUCUUACAAAUCAGACAAAGGACUAGUUAGUUUUAAAUUGACACUUAAUUAUUUUUUUCUCUAUGAAUGAGAUAUAGACCAGUCAAUGUGGGUACUGUGGCAUGCUCAUAGACAUUUCUGGAAGAUUGAAUGUAUUUAGUGCAAGAAUAGAAUAUAGGUACAGCCAUGUGAGAAUGAGUGAGUGGAUGGAGGAAUGAGCUGACAGGACAAAUGAAUGAAUGAUUUGACUAAUUCCAUGAUCUAAAUGUAUUAAUGAAUAGUUAGUUAUUGAUUGUGGAUAUGUGCCUAAAGUAAAGUUCAGUACAAUAACCCUAAAGAUUGCAGUAAACCAAGUCAUGACUUCUAAUACAGCAACGAUCAAAAAAUAGAUUUACAUUCUUGAUUUUAGUUGUUGGGUAGUAGUUACAACACAGGCAUAUUAUUAUUUUUAAUGUACGGUUACUCUACACUUUUUCUGAAAUGUCACUAUGCUGUCUACUGGACAUUUGCAGUCUUGCUACACUACCGAUGUUGGUUCCUGAUAUGUCAACUCUCAGAUGUUAUGUAGCUGACACUGGUUUACUGAGAUUUAUUUUUGAGUCAAAACAUGACUUUAAAUGAGCCUCACCUUCUGCCUAUUAACUACCAUUAUGAUCCAUUCGUGUUCUGAAUGUUUGUCCAGAUACGUGUGUAUUUAUCUGAUCCUUCUAUUGGGUAGUGUACUGUUACUGGGUAUUAUCUAGCACAGGGGUGUCCAACCCUUCUUCUGGAGAGCUACUGAGUGUGCAGGCUUUUGUUUUAGCCCUGCUCUAACACCUAAUUCAACUACUCAACUGCUCAUCAGGGCCUUGCAUGACUAGCUGAUAGCUUCAGAUUUGGUCGAAUCAAGUAGGGAUGGAAUGGAAGCCUGCACAGUGCACACCCAGUAGCUCUCCAGGAUGGCUGUCCUUCUGGAGGUCAAGGGUCAAAUCUGUUUGUCGCUGUACAUAUGUCUGACGUUACAAAGCUGUUAUUUUGUCUGAGGGAUUUUUACGACUUAUCUCUGAAGUAAUUUAUAGAUCUAUUGUUACUGCUAUUAUUCAAUAAAUGGAUGCAUUUCUUUGCUCUCUCUUGAA